AUGGCUAGUCCUAAAGUAAACAGAGUUUUUGAGUGUGUCUUUAGAAGUUGGCAAUGGGUGUCUAAUGUUGAUCGAGGAACCCGUGGUUGUAGAAUUGGUAUAGGAUGGAAUCCAGCUAUCUACAAUGUGUGUGUUCUAGAGAUGACGGAUCAAGCCAUUCACUGUAUAGUUAGAAUACUUAGUGUUGGAGAAGAUUUUCGCUAUUCCUUCAUUUAUGCUGCCAAUGAUUAUAUAGCGAGAAAGGAGCUUUGGAGGAAUCUUUGUCAUCUUAACAAGGGUAUAGCUAGUCAACCAUGGUUGAUAUUGGGUGAUUUUAAUAUUACUCUUAAUCCAAAUGAAAAUGUAGGGGGCUCUCCGUCUAUUUUGGUCGGUAUGCAAGAUUUUCGAGCCUGUGUACGGACUCUGGAGAUGGAGCAUAUAAGUAAAGUAGGUAUGAUGUACACAUGGAAUGGUAAGCCUUAUGGCAACAACGGGGUUUUGCGAAAACUAGAUAGAGUUAUGGGCAAUUAUCAUUUCCUUUCUAAAUUCCCCCAAGUCAAUACUUUUUUUUGGCCUUCGGGAAUUAGUGACCACAACCCUUUGGUUACUUCUUUCCCUUUUCUUGGUGCAUUGAAACCGAAACCGUUCAAGUUUUUUAACUAUUUGGUGUUUAAAGAGGAUUUCAAGCCCCUUGUUCAAAGGAUAUGGUCUAUGGAUAGUGUUGGUGUUCCUAUGUUUUCAAUCUCCAAGAAACUUAAGGCCCUCAAGCCUUGCUUACAAGCUCUCAAUCGUAAACAAGUUCAUCUCAAUCAGAAAGUUUUAGUUUUGAGGCAGGAGGUGGAACAAAUUCAGAGAGCUUUAGAUGUGGACCCUCAUAAUCAAGAGCUUAGAGAUUGUGAAGCUGUGUUCUUUGGAGCUUUUAGGGAAGCUCUAUUAGAUGAGGACAGAUUUCUGAAGCAGAAAUCUAAGAUUCAAUGGCUAAGUGUGGGGGAUCAAAACACGGCUUUUUUUUCAUAA